CAGUUGCUCGUUCAUUCAGGUCAUGCAUUGCCUAUUACUGAUGUUCCUCUUGCGCAGGGGUAAAGAGUGCAACGCUGCAGCGGAUGUGAAAACUAUGUUUCUACUCCUUCACCGAAACCUCACAACAACGAUCCGCAGGAGGCGGACAGCAUGGAAGUGGCCGGUUGUGCGGCUGCUUCUAAGCGGUCUUGAUGAUGUUCGGGUAAGACCACUUGGUUCGUUGUAUGCCAUUGCCUGUAUCGUAUUUUGGACUACAGUCAGUCUUGCGGCAAUCAAUUGGCUCAUCAUUGGUAUUGCUCGGAUCAUAUCUUCUUGGGGUCGUGAACUUAGCAGAUCGGGUUCAGGCAUGUGGCGCCAGUUUGAGAGUAUUGGAUUCAUUCUUGCCAGUGUCACCAGUAGUGACGCCCCCUGCGUUGAUGAGAUUUUUACUUAUUGUCCAUCGGGCUCUCGGUAUCACCCCUCACACGCAGUGGCGUGCAGUCAUAGAUCCCCUACUUUUGCAAACCGCCUGGGCGUCGAUGACUUACAAUAUCACGUUGGACGGGGUCUCGCGCACUGGAGCCCGCAGAAUGUCCUACCAUAUAACCCACCAUCAGAUCUUGCCGAUCAGUCCGGGGAUCUCUCUUCCGUUAUCUACAUUAGCCC